GAGUGGAGCCGGGUCUUCCCCCCACACCAUCCUGGGCCCCUUCCCCACUUCCUGUCCAUUUAGCUGAGCUUAAUUAAGGGUCAUUAGCCAAGAAGAGUUUGUAUGAGAUUAGAGGGUGCCCCACCCUGUGUUUUCCUUAUCCCCUUCCCUCAACCAGGAAAUUGAAUGGGCCGGGACAAAGAGACUUAAAAGCUGUGUCAGCUGCUGGUCUGGGACAGACAGACAGACCGAAGGAACAAGACAGGUAGUGCAGCAUGACAGGUGGCUGAGAAGCCAGCCAGGUGAACAGUGGGCGCGUUGACUGGCAGUGGCCGGCAGAUGACAAGCCAGGCAGGUAGGUGGGCAGACAGAUAACAGACAGACAGGCUGAAUGUGCGACAGCCACAUGGAGGAGACAGCAGGCAGACACCCAAGAACCUGGAGGUGGCCUGCCACGGGCUCCAGCACCCUUUUGCUCCUGUGUGUUAUUGGGCUCAGCCACGCAUCCAAAGAGAAGAUUUAUAACGGCACGGAAUGUGUUCCUCACUCACAGCCUUGGCAGGUGGGGCUGUUCGAGGGUGCCAACCUGCGUUGUGGGGGGGUCCUCAUUGAUCGGAGAUGGGUCCUCACAGCAGCUCACUGCAGCGGCAGGUACUGGGUGCGCCUGGGGGAGCACAGCCUCAGCAAGCUGGACUGGACGGAGCAGAUCCGGCGCAGUGGCUUCUCCAUGACCCACCCCGACUACCAGGGAACCCUGAAGACCCAUGACCACGACCUGAGACUUCUGCGACUGGGCACCCCGGUCCUCUUGACCCGCAGUGUCCAGCCCCUGGCCCUGCCCACAACCUGUGCAGAGGGUGGCACUCAGUGUCACAUCUCGGGCUGGGGCACCACCAACCGACCGUGGAGUAAGGAGGCCCCAGGAUCAGGGACCCCUUCCCGGACCGGCUCCAGUGCCUCAACAUCUCCAUUGUCUCCAGUUCCACCUGCCAAGCUGUGUUCCCUGGGAGAAUCACAGACAACAUGGUGUGUGCAGGUGGCAUCACUGGGGAGGAUGCCUGCCAGGGUGACUCUGGGGGCCCCCUGGUGUGCGGAGGAGUUCUUCAGGGUCUGGUGUCCUGGGGGUCUGUGGGGCCUUGUGGGCAAAAAGGCAUCCCAGGAGUCUACACCUAUAUUUGCAAAUAUGUGGACUGGAUCCGGGAGGUCAUGAAGAACAACUGACCUGCUCCUUCUGCCUCAGCUUGGGGGCUACUCCGACCUCCAAUCUCUCCUCCAUCAUCAUCCCCAGCUCUCACUCUUCUUGGUCUGGGGAUCUUCUUCCCAGAACUCCAACUCCAGCCAGCCUUUGUAAGACCCGUGGUUCGGGGA